GGUCGCAGCGACGCGGGCGAGACCGUCAGUCCGGCGGCACCACCACUUCGAGUGCUGCCGCACCACUGCGCUCUGGUUUCGGUGCAUCGUCGGCUGUCGAAGAGCAGCAGGUCUUGCGAAAGCGGGACGCUUUGUUGGACAGCCUCCGCAAAGUGUCUGCUCUGGCCGACGAAUCACCGGCUGGGAAACAGCGGAAAGCCUUCCGCGUGCUCGAGACAGUAGGGAAGGCAAAUGCGCAAAAUGCGCACGUAGUCAACAUCGAUGUUUUGCGCCUUGCAAUUCUCAAAGUCGCGGACCUCGGGAGCGGAGCUUUGGAAGAGUUGUGGCGCAACCGGCGGUACUCGGACCUGGAGCUAGAUUUCUGCGAAGCACUAGACCGUGAUAUCAAGCGCGCGCCCUUACGCAUCGAAGUCAUGACCAAAAUGCUCGACGCACUGGCGAAGGUACUACUGCCUCUACUCAUUUUGAUUUCUGUCGAAUUGAGAUGAUAGACUAAUAUAAAUAUCAACACUUUCAAUGUUCCAGAGAACUCGAGCGAAUUCCUUCUAUGUAUAUGAUCUUCACUCUUACCUAAAGUGGUUAUCGCUUUAAUAUAUCGACAUUCUUCUUCAAACAAACAUCAGUUGCGACCACGAUCUUGUGCGACUCGGGAGGAGAAAUCAUGCGUGCGUAUGCGUGAAACGAUAGUCGGAAUUUUCCUUACGGCAGUGAAUUUCUCGGAAAUCGAACAGGAGUCACGCUUAGUCCAAGUUUUUGCUUCCGCGACGCGUACUUUGCAUCCUAGGCACGAUCAGACUGCCAUCCUCCGCGUUCUCAACGAGGUGACAGCUCAGGUGCGCAUAAAGGGGCGCGGAUUCACCGCGCGACAGUUGGUGAGCAUCCUCGAGUGCUGCGUGCGCCUCUGUCUCGUGGACCCAAGUGUGGAUGGUGCCAUCGCGACGGGCGACACAGACGAAAAGAGUAGCACAAACAGUAACAAGGCUUCGACGAGUGCGAAUGCAGGGAGCAGUUCCAAAAAUGGGUUUCAGCAGCCAUCGGGCCGCAGUCAGGUGCUGGUCGAUACUGAAAGCCCAUCUGGAAAGAAAGUCGCUGAGUGCGUCGUCGAAUUGGUCGAACGCGUGCUCCCUUUUCUUUCCACCCGUUUGAAGGGUUUAAACGACAACGGUGACUGCUCAAAGAGCAGCAAUAAAGACCUAGGCGUGUUCAACAGUUCAGGCGCUGCGUCCGGCAAAGCUUUGAGCAAAAAAAUGUUCAGUAACCGAAGCGCCACGACGAUGAGUCACGACCACGAACAAGGAAUCGAUGUAGAGGAUGUGCGGGCAGUCUUAUCGCAUCUCGCCGCUUUGUCACCUCUUCUUGAUGUGGAACGAUCCGCUUUGCCGUCCGUGCGAAUGCACAACGGACGCCCACUCCGCAGCCCGCACAAUAACGUAGCAAGGGGCAGUAAUUGCAGUUCAGAUAUGGUAGAGUACGAUGCACUUCGAAAGCUGCUUCGCUACCAGCCGACCUCUUUUACCGAUGCAGCGACAGCCUCCGGCCUUUCGGCCUCGGACUGCAGUUCGAGGGCUUGUGUCAAUAAAUUCGUCGCGCUCAUACUCGAGCCGCAAUCGCUCACGAAAGAUGCCAUGAGUACUCACUCUUUUCUGAUAUUGGCACAGAGAAGUUCAACUCUGUUCUGACCAGGAUUAACUACAGGCUAAUACCAACCUCUCUCGUUGUCACACACUCUAAGCUGCUGUAUUUGAAUGAUAUCUCAAGUAGAUCAUGUCGACCCCCAUAUCCUAAAUCAGGUCGAUCUGCGAUUCCGGUUCUGUGUGACGUUUUGGAGCAUCUCUGCCUUCUCGGGUUUGCAGGUUCACCAAUAGUUCAGGCUUGGGCCGUUGACAUAACGUCGGGACAAUUUGCAUCACAAGAUAUGGAUGCCUUUGAUGCAAAGCUUUCGUUGCGGCUAUUCGCCUCUGUUGUGGAGACGGGCGUGGACCGCACGCUCGCCGGCCAGCAGCUAUCAAAGAAAACGACUAGUGGCCACUCACAAAGUAUUGCUAAUAUCCCUAAAUGGAAAUAUGUGCUGUAGUCGACUGGACUUGAUCUGUAGUAGUGUGAUCUAACAAUAUACUUUUUGACCCCAACGCACUUGGACUCGUUUGAAUAAUCUUCAUAUGCCACUUUCAUAAAUUUAAAUGCUCAACCUCAGAACCCCACGAGGCUGCCAGAAAUCUGCAAUGGAUUCGGACGCUUGGGGAAAGGGCCGCUAGUGACGCAAAGUCGUUUUACAGGGAUUUGCCCGUUUCUGUGCUCGCGCGGUACUAAUUCUGAAUUUGACUUAUUACUUUGGCGUCGUAAUGCGAAAUUGCAAAGUUCACCGAAAAAAGAAAACCUCUGUAGAAGACAUUUGAUCCUUUACUCCUCGGUCAUAACAAAAAACCCAUUUUCUUUGGCACAGGUUCGUUUGGGCAUGCGGGCGUGCAUCUGUAGAUUGCGGCGCUUUCCUGCACAAGCUCACAGAACGCUUUGUCAAAGAGAAGGAGAGUCUGCCACUCCGCGACAUGUGCUACAUUGUGGAGGGCCUGACUCGCAUGGACCCCGAAGAUCCUACCAUCAUGAACUUCCUGGAGCUAUUGUCUGGCGAUUUCGAGGCACGGCAAAGUGAAGGCUUGUCUACCCACGACACUGCUGAGCUGGUACUCGAACUAGCCCUUUACGGAGUUCGAUCUCGCGCACUCUCCUGGGUAGCAGCACAGCUGUUGCUGGACGCGACGGAGGAUACAAAGUUUUUCGACGUACUGAUUCUCUCUCACCCUCCUUGAUUACUGUAGAUAUAACUGGUCUCGUCCACUUUUUGUAAUGUAUGAAUGUAGAUUUUAGCAAAACAAAUUUCAAGCUCAGAUUCUUAUGGAUGGCAUACUUACAGUACCUUUUAACUCUUUUAAAUGUUUCAUCAAAUGAUUAUUUCCAGGGCAUCUCCGUUUCACCGGUGCAGUUCUUAUCAUUGUCUGCUUCGACUUUGGCAUUGCACCCUAUCGAUGGCCCUUGUGAGCAACUUGUGGAGCGUGUGUUAGACAACGUAGCUGGACGGAUGAAGGAGGUGUCGUCGACCUUUGCGAAGAACAAGACAACGGGUGCAGCGGGAGCAGCGGCUUGCAGCGGCUUGUCUUGCCGCCGCGACGAUCUUAGUCUUCUGCUCGACGCCUGCAAGCGGUUGAAUCCGACACAAACUAUGCUGGACAAAGUGGAAGCGAAGGGCGUGAAACGUGCGAUGGAGGAUGACGAGUUGUGGCGUCGUGUGAUCACCGAGGACAGCGGUCCACGCAUACUGGCCGCUCCGCGACUGAGCGUUUCCGGUGUUGGCGAAAACAAGAUGCCUCCCCCGCCAAACCUGGCGCACUUGGGAGGUGGCGCCAAGGAGGUGUUGCAGCGUCCGGGUCCACGGGACCGCCGCGGCAACCAGGUAGGGAAGCGAGAGCGAAGCGUGCGCCGUCCUCAUGACCGUGCUGACAAGUCCACCUCGCAGCUCACGCAGCGGCGCCCCUCACCACCCGUGUCUCUCCACAAGACCGGCUCCCGCGAUGGGCACAGCGGCGCCGACAAGACAAACCGGUCUGUUGCGGCCGCAGGUGGCGGGCACGGAUCCGGUUGGGAUUCGAAGCGAUCUUGGAACCAGUGGGAGGACUGGAAAAAGUCCAAAGGUAAAGGCGACAGCUCAUCUUCCGGCCAAAAGGGCAGCGAAGAACAGAGUAGUUCUUCAGCAAGCGCUAGCAAGGGCAGCAAUCGUGGCGACUGGGGUGCUUCGAAAGGCUCCGCAUCCAGUUCUUCUGCGUCGUCUUCAUGGGGCAAAGACUCGUCAUCAUGGCAUCGAGCCUCCAAGGACGACUCCUGGUCUGGUAAAGGAGGGAAGGACGACGGCUGGUCCUCGAAGGACUCCUCCUGGGGUGGCAAGGGCGACUCGUCAUGGCAAGCUGCAACAGGAAAAGGGAGUUUCGACAAAAGCGGUAGCACAACGAAGGCGGGAGGCAAAACGGAAUCUCGAGGUGCUGGCAAAGGAGGCAAAGACGGAGUUUCAAAGUCUGAAGGGAAGGGCGACCGCGAUGAGUCUAGCUCUUGGUCCGCCUGCGGCAAGGGUGGAAAAGACGAGUCGUGGAGCAGCGGAAAAGGAGGCAAGAGCGACUCUUGGAAAGAAAAAGGCAGCAAGGACGAGUGGCGGUCCGCGAAAGGCGAAGCAGAGAGUCGGAGAUGGGGUGAGACCGAGACGAGCAAAGGAAAAGGCGGUAAGGAGGACCGCUCCUGGGCGAAAGGUGACGAUGCUCGUUCGACAAAAGGUGGCAAAGGAAAAGAAGGCAAAGACGACUGGGGUAAAGGCGGAGGCAAAGACGACUGGGGCAAAGGCGGAAAAGACGAUGCACUCCGGAGUAAGGGGAGCGUGAAGGACGAGUCAUCAUCUGCUGCUCAGCGAUCAGGCAAGGGUGGCAAGGACGACGCCUCGUGGGGCAAAGGCGGCAAGGAAGGCGAUGGAAAAGGGCGAAAAGACGAUGGCAAAGGUCGAGGCAAGGACGAUGCCAGGAGUAAAGGUGGCAAAGAUCACGAGUGGACCACGACGAGCGGCAAAGGCGGCAAAGAUCAUGCUAAAGCUAAAGGUGGUAAAGAUGAGCAGUGGAACAGCAAGAGUGGUUCAAAAUCUAGUUGGGGCAAGGAAGGCAAGGAUGAUGGCUGGGGGAAAGGUUCGUCAGGCAAAGAUAGUUCCUCCUCGUGGAGUAAAGGCAAAGGGGGCAACGACGAAUGGGGCAGCCUGUCGAAAGGCGCAUCGUCCUCGUCAAGCCCUGCUAGCUCAGCUGCUGGAAAGCCAGGCGCUUCGAAGAUGCCGUCUUCGUCGUUGUUUGAGGGUGAGCGCAUGAUGCCAGCUCCACCACCACCGCUGGCACCGAAUGGUCUUUCAGUGGUUGGAGAGGAAACGUUGAACAAGGGUCCCUCGACCAUAUUCGCAGAACGAUCGCAGGAUGGCGACAACGACUCAGCGAAAACCGCCAGUAGCAGCACCGAUGAGCCCGACGCCAAGAGACGACGAAAAGAUGCAACACUCCAAGAACCCGCAACCCUUAUCUUCGAGAAGAAUUUAGCAACAAUCGAGGCUGUUCGCGAGAUGGAGGUAGAAACCCGAGGAUUUGCAGAGAGUGAUCAUGGACUUAGCUCAGCCGGUACAACCUCACACAAAGAAGGCUCCAUCGGAAAAGGAAAGCAAGAAUUGGACGCCGCCGAACUACAGGAUGCUGAGAUGACGCAUACACGAUUCCGCGAAAACAAGCAGUACAAGGUGAAUAGAAGAGUAGAGGAGCCGACAGAGUGGGACCCAGCAGGCUUCCUUUUCGACCUCGACGCAGGAGACGUUGUCACGGUACAUUUUUCUUCUUGUAGUUUUUCCUAGUGAUGGCGGAUUAGUUUUUGUUAUAGUACCAUGCAGAUUUAAGAAAGUGAUAGUGCGUUCAUACCUCUCGGUCCUCCCCUCGUUGGACCCCUAGUAGUUCCAGCCAAAGGCAAUUCUACAUGUGCCUGCUAUUGUAAUUCAUCUUUCUGCAGGUGUCAGUGGUACCUUCUGCCGACGACGAAGACAAUCGCGGAUGGGUAGUUGCAGAGUACAAAGAGUAUCGAGGAGAGACCCGCGUUGGAUGGAUCGAGGAGGAUGUCUUGGAUGAUGUUGAGGAGUAAAGAUACCCCAUUUAUUAGUACUUCAACAAUGGAGGCAUAGUAAAAGCUGAGCCAUGCCUUCAUGAUCCUCAACGCAACUUUUGACCCAUACAAGCUUUACUAGUAAUGCCGUACCUUAUACCUUAUUUCUUGUCGAUGUAUGAUCCUCCCAGAGUUUUUUUACCCUACUUUUUUUAUCUAAGUCUGUUGUUGUUUAUACCAAUACCUGAACAAAGUACACCUAGAUAUCGCUUGCUGAGAUAGUCAGCACCUCUGACUGUCUACUACCUAGUGUUAUUGUGAGCGCAGAAGUAGGUUUGCAUGAAUCAACAUUGAAGUAACUACUCAUAGACAAUUCUCUGCAGUGUAUCCCACAUCAAUGCGGGAUCAGAAUGCGCAUCAUACAAUAAAAUGAAUUCUUCUUGUAUAUUCUUAAUUCCGAAUGUAUAUCAGUUGCAGUGGGUGCAGCAGGGGAGGAACCUUGGCGCAUCUAGGUGCGUAGGGUACCCCGUGAGGACUUUCACUGCGUCAUUUUUUUUUUGCUUGGGUGAAAAACAAUGCACGGUGGUAAAAGAUAUUUUUUGCGUAAUUCUUUGGUGCGACCACGGUCUUAUGUCGGUCUCUGCUUAUUUGACUUCAUUGACUUCUUCUUGAAUGUAGAAGGCUGCCAGUUAGUGGUGGUUCUCCAACUCGCCGUUCUUCCCAAUGCGAGCACCCCUAGCAAUCAAACCCCCUAUUUGUCAGAAGUGCCCCGAUAACGGCAGGAAUAUUUUUUUCGUUGACUACUGGGUAUGGCAAGAACAGAGAUCAGCUUUGAUAUUGUUCGAGCCGCAAAAUCAAGAUGACCAUUGGGAGAAUUUAGAACUUGAAAUACUUUCCGGAUAAUAUGUUCUGCUUUUUUUUUCGCAAACAAUGAAGGAAAGUAACGCUCGCUACGCCGAACUGUACGCGCUCAGGCGGAAUCGCAUCGUGAGAUGCGGAGAUUGUGGCUAGACAAGGCGUUGAUGAAACAGGGUC